CACUCGUCACUCAUUGUAUUUCUUUCGGAGUAGCGUCCAUCAGCAUCAGUCAUGUCUGGAAGAGGAAAGGGAGGUAAGGGCCUCGGAAAGGGAGGAGCUAAGCGUCACCGUAAGGUACUGAGGGAUAACAUCCAGGGUAUCACCAAACCCGCCAUUCGCCGUCUCGCAAGGCGUGGCGGUGUGAAGCGUAUCAGCGGUCUCAUUUACGAGGAAACACGUGGUGUUCUCAAGAUCUUCCUUGAGAACGUCAUUCGUGACGCCGUGACCUACACUGAGCACGCUCGCCGCAAGACAGUUACUGCCAUGGAUGUCGUCUAUGCACUCAAGAGGCAAGGCAGGACUCUCUAUGUACGUAGAUUUAAAAUAGGUGUUACACAACAUAUACAAGGUUUUACCCUUAAAUAAUUCCAAAUUUUCAAAUCCCCCGCUAUCCCUCCAUUACCAUUUCAGCCAAUCAAAAUGAAGCAAUCCAAAUCCAACGAUCCCCCUUUACAAACAACUCCGUCACAAAGAUCACUACCCAACCCAACCAUCAUACCUUAUAAAACCUCGCAGAUCCUCCACAUUUUAACUCAUCAUAUUUUGCCCAUUAAUUCCACAUCGUAUUAUUUGCCUCAACAAAAAGCUAUCAACAUGUCCGGAAGAGGAAAGGGUGGCAAGGGCCUCGGAAAGGGAGGAGCUAAGCGCCACCGUAAGGUUCUGAGGGAUAACAUCCAGGGUAUCACCAAGCCCGCCAUUCGCCGUCUUGCAAGGCGUGGUGGUGUCAAGCGUAUCAGCGGUCUCAUCUACGAGGAGACACGUGGCGUUCUCAAGAUCUUCCUUGAGAACGUCAUUCGCGAUGCCGUUACUUACACCGAGCACGCUCGCCGUAAGACAGUUACUGCCAUGGAUGUCGUCUACGCACUCAAGAGGCAGGGCAGGACCCUCUAUGGAUUUGGAGGCUAAAUGAACUUCUCUUAAUUUGAGAUUUUAGGGUUUAGAUUUAUUUUCCUAGUUUUGAAUUCGAUUUUCUGGAUGUCCCUCUUUAGGGACUUGUUUUGUUGAUACGAGAUUAUGACUCUUUUAAUGAAUGGUGUGAGGCUUUUACUAUCAGGUGUAUAAAUGAAAACUGAUUGUUUCCUA